UUUAGUGGGCAAAUGAUUUCGAAUUCAUUAUUUCGAAUCGUCCCUUGUCUGAGAUAAAAUCGUUCCCCUUUGCUCUAUUUUUGCGAAAAUGCCGUUUAUCCAGUCAAGACAGUCAACAUAGCAACCAUAUUUUAAAUCAGUACUCAGGGGACAUUUAAUCCUUGAUACAAUGUCCAUAAGUAAACAAUACACCACAGCAGGAGUUUAAAAUAAAUGGAUUACAUCACCAAUGUUAACGGUUUUUGGCGGUCAAACGGUUCCUUUUGAUUUGCUAGUCUAGCAAGCAGGAGGUUCACGACUACUUGUAUUAAUCAAAAGAAAAUCGAUGGCCUCUGGAGUUUUACUAGUUGGUUUAUUCUUGCUCCAAGUCAGCUUGCUGAAUGGUUCUCCUCUCAAUGGACUUUCAAGAGGUAAAUCAUAUCAAGAUGACUUGGAAUUCAAGGAAAAAUUGCGAGCUGUUCUAGAAGAUGUCAAAGAUGAUGACACUCACUCCCGUAUCAUGGCUGUCAACGAGGCUCACAAAAAGUACCAGGAUGAGGCGCAAAAGAAACAGCCAAUCGACGUGGAGGAGAACAUCGUAGAGACGAACAUGGAACAAAGUGUUAAUAAUCUUUUCGAGGGUGACAUAGAACUGACACCAGAGCAACAAGAAAUGAUACGACGAACAGGGUCUUUGAACAAAAGAACGGCGGGUCAAAUAAGUGUUUAUUCCCUGUGGCGUAAUCGUUUGGUUCCUUACAUGAUCGCAUCUAGUUUGAAGAGUAAGCGCCAUCUCAUCAGAGAGGCUGUGAGGAUCUUUGAACGUUACACGUGCCUAAAGUUCUACGAACUGUCGUCAGCUCCUUCCAAUAUGAACUACCUGUACAUCGACAGACGAGCAGGAUGCCACUCCUUGAUUGGGAAGACUUAUUCCAAGAAACACCAAGUUCUGUCACUAGGGAACGGCUGCCAUGAUAUCGGUACCAUUCUACACGAGAUGACGCAUGCUAUUGGCUUCUAUCACGAGCAAGGAAGAACGGACCGAGACAAGUACGUCAGGGUUCUAUGGGAAAACAUUAUUGCAGGUCAGGAAUAUAACUUCGAGCGACAUGAUAUUGGGUCAGUUGGUUCUCUUGGGCUCCCUUAUGAUUACGAGAGCUUGAUGCAUUAUGGGAAAAGGACUUUUACACGCAACGGUGAGAAUACUCUUGAACGUAUCGACAACCCGAAUGGAAAGCUUGGCAGGACCGGAGGUAGCUUUAGUUCUACCGAUAAGGUUGCCAUCAAUGCACUUUAUGAGUGUACUAAAUAUCCAGCCGGCUACAGUGGAUAUUCGAGCUGGUCUGAGUGGUUUCCAUGUAACUGGGCCUGCCAACGUACUCGUCAGCGGUACUGUAUUGGUGCCAGAAGUGAAUAUCUCAAGAAGAAGCUUUGUCCGGGAUCCGAUGAACAUGGGGUAGAGCUCGAAUAUAAAAAAUGUGCACCAAGUGAAUGUGGACCGAUCAACGGAGGAUGGUCACGAUGGAGUCCCUGGUCUUCGUGCAAUGCCAAAUGCGGUCAAGGAACGAAAACUAGAGACCGUAAGUGCACAAAUCCUUAUCCGAUGCGUAAUGGCAAAAAAUGUCCUGGAAAAGCAAAAGACACAGAAGAAUGUACAGCAGGAAAGUGUAAACUAGCAUACUACGAGACGCAGUUUGAAGGUAACAUGGGAUCUUGGAAAUCUGAGGGACCGGGUUACCUGAAGUGGGUGUUAGAAGACAUCUGGAGAAGGCCUGGGCCAAAAGCUGACCACACCAAUGGAAAUUUUAGAGGAGGGUAUCUCUACUUGCCUACGGGUCCUAGCUCUAUUUUCAAAGGCAAAGCAAAGUUCAAAAAUACUUUUGGUUGGAGCGACAAGCCAUUUUGUUUAACAUUUUACUACCUCAUGGAUGGCCCGUCUGUCGGCACCCUGUCCAUUGUUAUUCGAAUCCUUAUGGGAAAUAAUGAUAAAUCAUGGACCGUUUUCACCGCUAGUGGCUCCAAGGGAAGACAAUGGCAUUUUGGAAGUGCCUUCAUUAACGUGAUUAACAAAAAUUUCGAGGUAUCAUUUGAGGGUUCUGGUAAUGGUAGAAAGGAACAAGGCACUAUCGCUUUAGAUGAUCUGUAUUACUAUACUGGACGGUGUCCAAACACUCCAACAGCGAAGCCAACAGUUCCUCCAUGUAUUGAUAUUGAAAUGAAGUGCAAACAAUGGGCCUAUGAAGGAGAAUGUGCUAGAAGACCGAAAUUCAUGACUGAAUUCUGCAGAAAGAGCUGUGUAUGUUCACCUGUCAAGUGCAAGGAUACUAACAAGAAGUGUUCUUAUUGGACGGGUAUUGGUGAAUGCAAGAAGAAUGCCGGUUGGAUGAGGAAAAACUGCUGCGUGUCAUGCAGGAAAGAGCUCUCGUGCACCGACAAAGACCAGAAAAAAUGUUCAAAUUGGGCAAAGAAAAAUGAAUGUACCAAAAACUCUGGUUGGAUGCUCAAAAACUGCUGCAAGUCUUGUAAAAAAGAACUGGCCUGUACUGAUGACAACAAGAACUGUUCAAGAUGGGCAGGGAAGGGUGAAUGUAGUAAAAACCCUUCAUGGAUGAAAAAACACUGCUGCAAGUCUUGUAGGAAACAUGGAUAACUUUCUGAUGGACGGACGCGAUUUAUUAGUGAUGGUAACAAUGGAUCAAGAGACUCAAUGUUAUAUAGGAGAAAUGAUACUCAAUGAAAUACUAACGUGUAAAAAUCAAAUUGAACAAAAUAUCGAGAUGGCAAAUGCUUUUUUUAAAAAUCUGUGAAACAGAAUUUAAAAUUAAACUAAAUUAAUUUGCAGUAAAUUGAGUAAAAAAUUCAAUUUCUCUAUUGCUAUUCAGUACAAAAUAGUGCUAGCUAUGUUUUUCCAUUAAAUAGUCACUAAGCCUGUUAGUACACAUCUUAACUUCUCUAAUCCUAUAUUUUUUUAACAUUUAUGAAACACUUUGUUAUCAUUUUUGUUAUAAUUUUCAUGAUUUACCCAAUGGAAUUWAAAAAAUCAUACUUCUA